GCCCUCCCUGAACGCAGCUCUGCUUUGGCUUCCUGCCCCGAGGGGAAGCGCUCUGCUCUGAGCGUGCUGGCGUCUCAGCCGGGUGUCUCCAGGUCUGCCACAGAGGGAGAACUCCACUCUGAAGCCUCUUCUGUAGACUGCAAGCCGGUAGGCAUCGCUGAGUUAUUCUUUAUUGUGUCAGUGAUUGUCGCGGAGUGUUACUUUCAGUUUGGUUCAGUCUCGGGGUGGCGUGAGUAAGUUACGUAAAGCGAUGACUUGUGAAGGUCAGACUUGUGUGUAUCAUUGACUCGUGGGGUUGACUGGCUUGGCUCAGCCUUCAGAAUGUUCCGGCAGAGUGACCGUCUGCCUCACCGGGACAGUGACCGUCGGCAUUAUGGCCCGUCUCUAAUGUGCCAGGGUAGAUAAUCUGGAGCGGGCGGUCUGGCAUCUGUGUGCCGGGGUGCCCGCUGACCUGUGCCAGUCGGCUGGCAGCGAGCGGAGGCGCUCGGUGCUCCUGUGUGUGCUGGGGCAUGUUCGGGCACGUCCUCCCUCGCCGCGCUGCACUCUGCAGCUCCCGCUGUUUUCCCUUCCUGUCAGGCAGCGCUGUCACUGUUUGCGCACUCUCCCAAAAAAGGCUGCGCGGAACAGAGGAGAGCGUGUGAGGAGAGCAGAGAGAGAGAGAGAGGGGGAGAGAAGAGAGAGAGCGACACAGAGAGAGAGAGAAACACUCUGCCGAGGUGCUCGUGUGAAGGGAAGGCUCUGAAGAGGGGACUGUGCCUGUGUGGAAGCCCUGGAGGGCUGCACAGCUGGAAUAGCGUGCGAAGGGGCUGGGACUGCACUGGCACUGUGACUGCCUCGGACUGGGACUGUGCCUCUCCUGAUGGGGGUUCCCUCUUCCUGCGAGAGGGCAGCAUGACCGUUUCGGCUCCCUGGGAGGAGCGGGAUAGGGGCACGGCGGACUGGUUCGGCGUCAGUAAGGACAGCGAUGCAACUCAGAAAUGGCAGAGGAAGAGCCUGCGCCACUGCAGCCAGCGCUACGGCAAGCUGAAGCCCCAGGUCAUCCGCGAGAUGGACCUCCCCAGCCAGGACAACAUCUCCCUCACCAGCACUGAGACGCCCCCGCCCCUCUACGUGCCUGCCUCCCAGCAUGGCAUGCAGAAGAUUGUGGACCCCCUGGCGCGGGGGCGAGCGUUCCGCAUGGUGGAGGAGGUGGACGGGUACAGCGUGCCCCAGACUCCCAUAACCCCCGGUGCCGCCUCGCUCUGCUCCUUCACCAGCUCCCGCUCCGGCUUCAACCGGCUGCCCCGACGACGCAAAAGGGAGUCCGUUGCCAAGAUGAGCUUCCGGGCGGCGGCGGCUCUGGUCAAGGGCCGCUCUUUGCGGGAGGGUACUUUGCGGCGGGCCCAGAGACGCAGUUUCACCCCGGCCAGUUUCCUGGAAGAGGAUACGGUGGACUUCCCUGACGAGCUGGACACCUCCUUCUUCGCCAGGGAUGCCCUGAUGCACGAGGAGCUCUCCACGUUUGCCGAUGAGGUGUUCGAGUCGCCUUCGGAGGCCGCCAUCAAAGAGGCGGAGUCGAGCAAGGUGCUGGACGACAGCGAUAUGACAGGCAGCGCACUGGAUAAGAGUGAGCUGGAGAGGAGCCACCUCAUGCUGCCGCUGGAGCGAGGCUGGCGCAAGGGCAAGGAGGGCGCGCUGGUGCAGCCCAAGGUACGCCUGCGCCAGGAGGUGGUGAGCGUGAGCGGGCAGCGGCGCGGCCAGCGCAUCGCCGUGCCCGUCAAGAAGCUCUUCGCCCGCGAGAAGCGGCCGUACGGCCUGGGCAUGGUGGGCAAGCUCACCAACCGCACCUACCGCAAGCGCAUCGACAGCUACGUCAAAAGGCAGAUUGAGGACAUGGAUGACCACAGGCCUUUUUUCACAUACUGGAUAACAUUUGUCCACUUGCUGAUCACGAUCCUGGCAGUGUGCAUCUAUGGCAUUGCACCAGUGGGCUUCUCACAACACGAGACCGUAGAUUCUGUUUUAAGAAAUAAAGGUGUUUAUGAAAACGUAAAGUUUGUACAGCAAGAAAACUUCUGGGUUGGGCCAAGUUCGGAGGCGCUGAUUCACCUGGGGGCUAAGUUCUCCCCCUGCAUGCGGCAGGACCAGCAGGUGCACGAUCUGAUCCAGGACAAGAGGGAGAAGGAGCGCCAUUCUGCCUGCUGCGUGCGCAACGACCGCUCGGGCUGCUUGCAGACGUCUGAGGAGGAGUGCUCUACUACCCUGGCUGUGUGGGUGAAGUGGCCUCAGCAUACCAGUGCCCCGCACCUGGAGGGGAAAGUGAGGCAGUAUGGAUCUGUGUGUCAGCAGGACCCCAGGAUUUGUCUGGAGCCAGCCUCUGGGUCACCUCACGAAUGGCCUGAUGACAUCACAAAGUGGCCAAUCUGCACCAAAUUAAGCACGGGGAACCACACCAACCUGCCCCACAUAGACUGCGCCAUCACCGGCCGGCCCUGCUGCAUCGGCACCAAAGGGAGGUGUGAGAUCACAUCCCGGGAGUACUGUGACUUCAUGAUGGGUUACUUCCAUGAAGAAGCCACGCUUUGCUCACAGGUGCACUGUAUGGACGACGUGUGUGGGCUGCUGCCGUUCCUCAACCCAGAGAUCCCAGAUCAGUUCUACAGGCUGUGGCUCUCCCUCUUCCUGCACGCCGGGAUUCUGCACUGCCUGGUGUCAGUGUGCUUCCAGAUGACCAUCCUGAGGGACCUGGAGAAGCUGGCGGGCUGGCUGCGGAUCUCCAUCAUCUACAUCCUGAGCGGCAUCACCGGCAACCUGGCCAGCGCCAUCUUCCUGCCUUACAAGGCCGAGGUGGGGCCCGCGGGCUCUCAGUUCGGCAUCCUGGCCUGCCUGUUCGUGGAGCUGAUCCAGAGCUGGCAGAUCCUGGCCAGGCCGUGGCGCGCCUUCGCCAAGCUGCUCUGCGUGGUCCUCUUCCUCUUCGCCUUCGGCCUGCUGCCCUGGAUCGACAACUUCGCCCACAUCUCGGGCUUCAUCUCGGGCUUCUUCCUCUCCUUCGCCUUCCUCCCCUACAUCAGCUUCGGGCGCAUGGACAUGUACCGCAAGCGCUGCCAGAUCAUCGUCUUCCUGGUGGUGUUCGUGGGCCUGUUCGCCGGGCUGGCGGUGCUCUUCUACAUCUACCCCAUCAAGUGCGAGUGGUGCGAGCUGCUCACCUGCAUCCCCUUCACGGACAAGUUCUGCGAGAAGUACGACCUCAACGCGCACCUCCACUGAGGCCACCCCACCCCCCGGCUGCGGUCCCGGGGCGAGGGAGUUUGGGGCGGAGAGGGAGCAGCUGGGCUGGCUCUAUUCCCAAAUCCCUGUCCCCCUCCUCCAUGAGAAUGGCUGGUGGAGCGGCGUCGUGUUCUCUGACACUAGCCCCCUCUGAAACUGACAUUCAUCCAUUUCAUUAUUCUAUUUUUUUACUUUUCCAAAUCCCGUCGUUAGAGCUUCAUAGAAUCAUGGAUGUUUUAACCCUGAAACGUUUCUUAUUACCGUCAGCCUGAACCCUCUCAAUCACUCUGGAAACAAUAGAAAUAUCUGCAUAUCAUCAGAUUCAACAGGGAGAGCCACCCUCCCUUAAAAACCCUCUCAUAUCUGCUGAAGAGGAGUCAGAGGAACCAGCCCUGGAUAGACUGAUACCAACCCAGGCGCUGCUCCUCUUUGUCCAUUAGAGAAAAGUUUGACAGUUUUUAUGGUUUUAGAUUUUUUUAUUAUUAUUUUUGAAGCACUUCACAAACCAGGCUUAGGUUGCAAUAUUUUCCCGAGAAACCUCAGAAACAACCUCCACCAGGGUAAUCAAAACCAACUAAAGAACACCUUUGGUGCCUUGCUGAAAAAUGUACCAUGUACCAACUACUGCCAUAUUUUUGUUACACUAGAUUGAGCACUCAAAUGUUAACCAUUUAUUUGUUUACUGCUACUAAAGUGGUGAUGAAUGACAAGAGGUAGUGUUUUAGCUACCACCUACUUACUUGUAACUGAGAAUACAGCAAGAGAGUGCCUCGUGCUGCCUGA